CCACUGCAGACUCCUCUGAGAACUAAGAUUCAGUUCGACUUGAGUCUGCUUUUGCCAAGACGAACCUCACGGCCUAUUUAAGAUAAUCACAUGAUUUCAGUGGGAGUCCAAGUGGUCCGCGGGGGUCACUGGGUAGAGACACAGAGAGGGAGAGAGAGCAGCAGGAGCAGAGUGAGCGUGUGAUGAGAGGGGGUUGAUUGUUUCUCGGCUCUCUGAGUGGGGUGGGUGGAGGGGAGGAAAGAAAAUGACCUGCCGGGAGAGAGGACUGGAGUUCAAGCACUUUUUGGACACGAAUGGGGACCAAAGUGGUGGAUCUGAAGAAGCUUGAAUCUGAAGUUGUUGAUGAUAAGAGGACGUGCUGCUGAGCGCUCAAGCUUCUGCAAAGUCUGUUUCUGGUUUGAGCUUCAGCGGUGUUAAAGGUGAUCCCCAGACAGACAUGGCUUUCCUGCACGUUUCUCCUGCCGAGAGGAGAAACUGGACCCGCUCGUUGGUUUUGGUCCACCUUUUCUGCUUUGUCACGCAGAACAAAAGCGCACCUUUGAACGGUGAAGGCGCGUCGGCUCUUCUCCACUCACUCAAUUUACCCCAACACACAGAAUAUGAAAUUGUAACUCCAUAUGAGGUCAACCAACAAGGUGAAUAUGUCUCUCAUGAAAUUGUGCACCACAAGCUCAGAAGACAUCGUAGAUCCAUGACUCUGGAUGCCAGCUCAUCAAAGACCAGCAGUGUCAGCGAAACAGUCCAUUUCAAACUAAGAGGCUUGGGGCAGGACUUCCACAUGGAGCUGAGAGAGGCGUCGGAAAGCCUGAUUGCACCUGGCUUUACUAUCCAGGUCCUGGGAAAAAACAGCACCAAAAGCCUCAGGGUCUACCACCGAGACGACCACUGCUUUUACCAGGGGUCGCUGAGGUCAAAGGUCAACUCCGCGGUGGCUCUGUCCACAUGCUUGGGAAUGUCAGGUUUGAUUCGAACACAGGAUGCAGACUACUUCCUGAGACCAGUAUCACGUAGCCUUGCCCAGAUGGAGAAUUUCACUGGCCCUGACAGUCACCAACCACACAUUCUCUACAAGAGCGACGGGAACUCCUGGGCAAAGCAAACACAUCGUGAGCCCCGAUCCCUUAAGAAGAGAUCCACAGACUCAAGCAGAAGGUUCCCCUCAAAGACAGAUUCCACCUCCAGAGCAGAUAAUGAAGAUAACUACAGGCCCCUGCAAAACCAACCAAGUGUUCAUUCCCGCAACAGCAAAAACAGCACGAUUCACGGCGACCCACUGAAGCAUCACGGAAACAGCUAUCAUCGUGGUGGUUACAUACACGGGGAGAAGCAAAAGCAACAUUUCUGUGGGAGAAGGAAGAAAUAUAUGCCCAAACCUCCUGAGGAGGAUGUAUUUAUACUUCCAGAUGAGUACAAGCUCAUCCCCAGGAACAAACGAGCGGUUCUGAUAAAGAACCAGCCCAACCAGAAGCUCAUCGUGGAGACACUUGUGGUUGUGGACAGAAAGAUGAUGGACAAUCAUGGCCAUGAGAACAUCACCACAUAUGUUCUAACUGUCCUUAACAUGGUUUCCACUUUGUUCAAGGAUGGCACAAUAGGUGGGAACAUCAACAUCGUAAUAGUAGGUCUUGUCCUUUUGGAUGAGGAACAGGAUGGUUUGAUGAUUAGCCACCAUGCUGAUCACACACUGAACAGCUUUUGCCACUGGCAGUCAACUCUUGGGAGCAGAGAGGGUCGCCACCAUGACCAUGCCAUCUUCCUCACGGGCCUCGACAUCUGCUCUUGGAAGAAUGAACCCUGUGAUACUCUUGGUUUUGCACCAAUUAGCGGGAUGUGCAGCAAGUAUCGAAGUUGUACUGUCAAUGAAGACACUGGCCUAGGUCUGGCUUUCACCAUCGCACACGAAUCUGGACACAAUUUUGGAAUGGUCCAUGAUGGCGAGGGGAACGUUUGCAAAAAGUCAGAGGGCAACAUCAUGUCACCCACAUUAGCCGGACACAAUGGCGUCUUUUCUUGGUCCCUUUGUAGUCGCCAGUACCUCAGUCGCUUUCUCAAUACUGCCCAGGCUUUGUGCCUGUCAGAUGAACCCAAAGCAGUCAAGGAGUACAGCUACCCAGAGAAGCUACCGGGCGAGUUGUACGACGCAGACACGCAGUGCAAAUGGCAGUUUGGAGAGAAGGCCAAACUCUGCACCCUUGCUUUUAAAAAGGACAUCUGCAAGGCUCUGUGGUGCCACCGUGUUGGGAGGAAGUGUGAGACCAAAUUCAUGCCAGCUGCCGAGGGCUCUGCCUGCGGCCCCAAUAUGUGGUGUCGUAGAGGCCAGUGUGUGAAACAGGGCGAUGAGGGCCCCAGGCCUCAGCAUGGUCACUGGUCAGAGUGGUCAUCGUGGUCAACCUGCUCUCGAAGCUGUGAGAGCGGAGUCACAUAUCGAGAGAGGCAGUGCAACAACCCCAGACCUGCAAAUGGUGGCAAAUUCUGUGAUGGCUCCUCCAGGUCAUAUAGACUCUGUAACACUGAGGCCUGUCCCACCAACACUGCUGACUACAGAGCACAACAGUGUGCUGAAUUUAACAAAAAGCAAUUCAGAGGAUGGUACUACACCUGGAAACCAUACACAAGAGUUGAUGAUCAAGAUGCUUGCAAGCUUUACUGCUUAGCUGAAGGUUAUGAUUUCUUCUUUGCUCUGGCGAGUAAAGUUAAGGAUGGGACACUGUGUUCUAAGGACAGCUCCAAUGUCUGCAUUGAUGGACUGUGUGAGAAAGUGGGCUGUGAUCAUGUUUUGGGCUCCACAGCAGUGCUUGAUGUUUGUGGUGUGUGUAAAGGAAACAACUCCACCUGUAAGAUCCACAAAGGCCAAUACACCAAGCAACAUUUUACCAACCAGUACUAUGGUGUGGUUAUAAUUCCUGCUGGAGCUCGUAGCAUCCGUGUGAUGGAACUAAAUACAUCAAGCUCCUACCUGGCUGUCAGGGACACCCAGAGACAUUACUACCUUAAUGGUCUAUGGACAGUGGAUUGGCCUGGCCGACACCCCAUUGCUGGAACAGUAUUUGAGUAUAAGAGACCGUACAACAGACCAGAAAGUCUUAUAUCAGCUGGCCCAACUAAUGAGACACUGGUUAUAGAAAUUUUAUUGCAGGGCUGGAAUCCUGGUGUACAUUGGGAAUAUACUUUAAAGAGAAACGAAGAAAAAAUGAUGACGAAUCACAUUAAACCCAGUUACACAUGGGCCAUCGUACGCUCACAGUGCUCAGCAACAUGUGGUGGAGGUCACAUGAACACCAAGUCAGCAUGCUAUAGAGAUCUGAGAGUGCAGGUGAACACAUCACACUGCAAUCCUAGAUCUAAGCCAAUGUCUGGAGUAAUGCCUUGCAACACACAACCAUGUCCUGCCAGCUGGUCUGUAGGAGAGUGGGGGUCGUGCAGCCGUAGCUGCGGAGGAGGGGAGCAGGCUCGUGUAGUCCAGUGUGUCCAGAAAACCAGUCAGAGCAAUGCAGACGUCCUGGCCAACUCUCACUGUGCCCAGUUAGCCCCAGUUAGAAAGCAGAUCUGCAAUACACACAACUGCCCACCAGUUUGGACAUCUGGGCCAUGGUCACAGUGUUCACGUAAGUGUGGCAAUGGUUUGAAGGAAAGAACAGUUCUGUGUACAAGCAACAACACGGGUGCUCAGAUCCGCACGUUGCCAGACAGCGAGUGUGCAGGCCUGCAGAAACCUGCCACUCAAGAAUCCUGCUUCCUCAAACGCUGCCAGAAACAACGCAAGGUUCAGUGGUUUGUCUCCACGUGGCAAGAGUGUUCAGCAACAUGUGGUCGUGGCUAUCAAGCACGCUUCAUCAAGUGUGCAGAGAAGGACACUGCAGGGAAAUACAGAGAACUCGCUGCCAAGAAGUGCUACCAUGUUCCCAAACCCACAGUUGAUCUCCAGAGGCAAUGCAUGCUGGCCGAGUGUCCCACUCGCACAACUCCACCAGUCCAUCGAUGGAGGACACCCCCUCGCUCCUAUCCGCCUCAGCCGCUCCCUCACCCUCCACCUUCACCAGAGUGGCUAUCAUCUCCUUGGUCUCAGUGCUCAGUGACGUGUGGAGGAGGAGUGCAGGUCAGGACAACCCGAUGUCAGCUUCAAGGAAAACCUUCCACAGGCUGUGCCCUCUAUCUUAAACCUCCAACGUCUCAGGCCUGCAACACCAACUUCUGCCCACAACCAGAAAAGAAAGACAUUGCUUGUAGAGAUUACUUCAGCUGGUGCUAUCUGGUGCCCCAGCAUGGAGUAUGCAACCACAAGUUCUACGGCAAGCAGUGCUGCCACUCCUGUUUGAAUUCAAACCUAUAAUAACAGAAACUGACUGUGAUAUAGGCUGUGCAAAUGUAGCUAAGAUUGUCAAAAGACUAUUUUUUAUGUCCAUGCUUGAAAAGAAAUGUUUUCAUUCUAAGCAUGAGGCAAGCACUGAAAAAAGUACAUUUCUAGAUGUGCAGGAGUGUUGCAGUGUCCUUUCUUCUCCCUGCGAUGCUGGAAGUCUGGAAACAAGAAUCUGAUAAGAUGGAAGAAACAAGAUGGAGGAAAGCAAAAGAAUAAAUAAAAAAACAAGAAGAAAAUGAUGGAAAGGAAGGAAAAAUGCAAGCUUGAUUAAAAUUAUGGGACUGGUAUGUCCAAACAGCAACUAUUAAUGUCCGAACAGCUGUGGAUGCUAUGCAACAUGUGUUAUUCUCAGAUCUUUGCUGUUUCAUAGGAAAUGUGAAGUCUGGUUAUGAAAAGGGAUGUUUUCAAAAAGUAAUCUAAAACUUGUAAAGCUGCCCUAAACUUUAAAUGGGAACCAAAAUUAACCACUCAAGCUUGACGUCAUGAAGUGCAGCAUAAUAGCAGAAUAGUAAGAAAAAUGGAACGCUACCCAACGUGAGGUGCUACAACUCGUCACUUUGUUUUUGCAGUGUGAUAUUCUAAAGAUUCAGGAAUGAACUGUGUUACCUGUGUACAGUUUUGUGUGUUUUAUUUAUUUGCUUUGCAUUACUACGUUGCAGGAAGACUAUUAAUAAGCAUCCUGAAUAUUUUCUUUUUUAAGUGCCUAAAGUCCUAAACUUGAGUAUUUUGUAUCACGUUUAUUUGAAUGAAAAAGCAGCUGUUACAGACAUUUUUACUCCUAACCACAGGUGCACGUUGUUUAAAAUCACUGGUUAGGACAUUUUAUUGACAUUUAUGUGGACUAAAGCAGAGUUUCAGAGCACUGACAGGUGAUGAUUGAUUUUAGAAUAAGAUUUUAUUUUAGCGAUAUAAACGAAACAUAAACACAUACAGUAUGUGUCAUAAAAGCUGUAGUUGACAUGAUUCUCUUGGGUUUUAGAUGUGUUUAUCUGGGCAAGGUGCUGUCAUUGUGCCCUGAUGGCACAUUUGCCUUUCCACAUCAUCCUCAUUGUUGUUCAACACUUUUAGCUUCACUCUUGUUUUGUGAAAGUAGUUUUAAUCCUUGAAAAUGCAGAUUGGGGGUUUAACAGCCAUUACAGCAGUUUGUAAAUUUAAACAUGCCCUAACUCUAGUCUUUUUCUCUGUAUCGAUCAUUUUUGAAACUCACAAGGUAAUUGCUUUAUUCUGUUGGAUGUUAAAUGCAUUAAACCCUCCAUGAUAUUAUUCUGGAAGAAAUCCUCACACAAUAAACCAGGGUUGCUACAAAUGACAUAUUUUAUGUUGUAAAGGUUUCAUGUAAAUAACUAUCCAUCCAUAAAUCCAUUAUCUUAUCUGGGGUCGGGUCACGGGGGCAGCAGCCUAAGCGGGAUGGCCCAGACUUUCCUCUCCCCAACCACUUGGGCCAGCUCCUCCGGAGAAAUCCUAAGGUGUUCCCUGGCCAGCUGAGAGACAUUGUCCCUCCAGCGUGUCCUGGGUCUUCCUCUAGGCCUUCUCCCGGUUGGAAAACCUCACCAGGAAGGCAUCCUCACUAGAUUCCUGAGCCACCUCAACUGGUUCCUUGAGGUGGAGGUGCUCAGUCUACUUCAAGCUCCUCCUGGAUGACCAAGCUUCUCAUCCUAUAUCUUAGGGAGAGCCCAGCCACCCUGUGGAAAAAACUAAUUUCGGUCGCUUGUUUCCCCAAUCUCGUUCUUUCAGUCACUACAUGAAGCUCGUUACCAUAGGUGAGGGUUGCUCUGACACCUGUUGAUCUCGCUCACUCCUCCACUAGGUGCAGGAUCUCAUCCCUGACCCGGAGAAGGCAUUCUACCCUUUUCCAACUUAAGACCAUGGUCUCAGAUUUAGAGAAGCUGAUUCUCAUCCCAGCUCCAGUGAGAGCUAGAGAUCGUGUUCUGAGGAAGUCAACAGGACCAUAUAAUCUGCAAAAAGCAGAGAUCUGAUCCUUAGAUCACCAAAAAGGGUCCCCUCAACACCUUGGCUGCCCCUAGAAAUCCUGUCCACAAAAGUUAUGAACACAAUCGGUGACAAAGGGCAGCCUUGGUGGAGUCCAGCUUACUGUCGAUAAUGUGGACCAAGCUCUGACACCGGUCAUACAGGGACAUAACAGCUCUUAUCAGAGGGCCUGGUACCCCAUUCUCCUGAAGUACCCAAGGGUACAGAACUUGUCCAGUCCACGAAAGUCACAUGGCUCCUCCUGAGUAUACAAUCUGUCUGACCCUCCACUCCAGAACCCCUAAAUAGACUUUACCAGGGAGGCUCAGGAGUGGAUCCCCAUGUAUUUGGAUUGCAUCCUGCAGUUCCUUUUUAAAUAGAGGGACAACCACCCCCAAUCUGCCAAUCCAGUAGAACUGCUCCCAAUGUCCACGCAAUAUUGCAGAGCCACAUCGACCAGCACAACCCUACAACAUCUAGAGUCUUAAGGAACGCUGGGUGGAUCUCAUCUACCUCGGAGCUUUGCAACCAAGGAGCUUUUUGACCACGUCAGUGACCUCAGUACCAGAGAUUGGAGAGCCCACCCCAAAGUCCUCGGACUCUGCUUCCUCACUGGAAGAUGUGCCGGUGGGACAAUCCAUGACAAGCAUAGAAGUCCAAUGACAAAUCAUUGCUCAAAUUCAGAUCAGGGGGACCCCAAUAUACCGCUCCAGGUCUCACUGUAGUUGCCCACAUUAGCAUUAAAGUCCCCCAGCACAACAAGGGAGUCACCAGAAGGAACGUUCUCCAGCACCCCCUCCAAAGACUCCAAAAAAGGGUGGGUAGUCUGAACUGUAGUGUCGUGCAUAAGCAUAGACAACAGUCAGGACCCGUUCCCCCGACACUUCUGCCGGAACUGGAAACCCGCAUUUCAAUAGGAAACAAGAUAGCGCUAUGUCCAAAUGUCUUUUGCUGUUCGUGAAUUCAAAUGGUGUUUUUCUUUAUGGGACUCUGGUAGUUUGUCCUAAAGUAGAAGAGAUAGCAGCCGGCUGUUUUUCCCUCUCUGAUAAUAAAAGCAACAAUCCUCUCACA